CCAAUUGAAUCUUUUGAUUUGAGAUUGCACAAUUGCCUGGCAUCACCAUGAAACUCGCAUACUUCUUGCUGGCUCUUCUCCUCGCAUCGGCCGUUCUUUGCGAGAAGAAAGACGACGGAAAGAAAGACGAGGGAAAGAAGGACGAAGGAAAGAAGGACGAAGGAAAGAAGGACGAGGGAAAGAAGGACGAUGAUAAGAAGGGCGACGAGGAAGGUGAGGAGGAACCAUCGAAACUCGAAGAAGGCUUGAAACAGUACCAGGAAAUGAUCAUAUCUUUGCCCGGUGGUGAGCUUCUGAGACCCCACUUCGAACGCAGCAACGAUAUGAUGAAGAUGUUCUUCAGCAAAGCUAAACGACACAGGCGAUCCCUUCUUGAAGCCGCCAUGCCUCAAGAAGUCCAGGGCUAGGAAGGACACCUAACCCAGACCUAAAUAAUAUGGACAUUUGAACGAUAACCGGCGUAAAUCCAAGGAACAUGUUUGAGCUUUUUGUCAA